UAAUGAUUGUUGCAUAGGAAACGUAAUUAAAAUGCAUUAAACAAACCAGGAGCUUGUUGGCAGACGGACCUUUUGACGUUGACCUUUGGGUAUUAAUGGCCAUUGUCUUGCCGUCAAGACAUAAUAGCCUACCGAUAUUACCGACCAGGUGUCAGGCUGUGUGUUGCUUGGCGCUGACCACUGAUCCGUUUACUGUUUCCAUGCACGAUGGCUUGCUUCGCUUCCACCAUGUCCGUCUCAUGUUCGUCCCAUGCUUUACGCAACAGCCCUUGACAUACCUACGCAAACUACAACAAGGCACGGACGCAGUAACAGACCCGACAGCAUGGUUAAGCUCUGGAGGGCGGGACGGCAAAAGCAGAUGUAACCAUGCGCCGACACAUAUCCCGUCGCUAUCAAACGGUCUGCGACGUAGCCAGGUAACGCGCGCAGGCGAUCUUUUGCAGGUAUGCCUACCUCCAGGGUUCUACGGGGUAGUAAUGCACUUUCACCGGGUGUGCGGUCGAUGGGCGUCGCACGGCGAGCACGAGGGAGAACUCCAGGGAGAGGCGGCGGGAUGACUGACAUGGGAACGCCUGUGUCUCUCCCCUUCAA